ACUUUGGCAAGUGAUUUCUUGUCUCCCUUUUUCUUACUUUAUUGGGUUUGCUUUACCAACAUUGGAUUUCUAACACCUCCUUUUAACCCUCCAUCCUGACUCUUCCAUUAUGACAAUUAUAUAUUUUUUGUUGAAUUGAAUCUCAAACUCGCCUUUGUAUAUCUCUCCCUCUAUAAUAACCUAAUAAUCCUUUCAAUUCCAACAAGAUCAUCAUCAUCAUCAUAAACCCUUCCUUUCCCAUUCCCUCACCUCCUCUCAUCAUGACUCAACCCCACUGCUCCAAUGACUUCAACCAUGGUAAUUGGUUUGAGUUUGACCUCAAUUAUUCUCCAUCACCUUGCUUCAACCCACCAUUCUACUUUCCUUCUUCUAGUUAUCAUCACCAUCAUCAUCAUCAUAACCUCACAAGUGGAACAAGCAUCUCUUUUUCUCAAUCUUUUCCUUCAUCUCCUCCUCCAAGAGAAGCUUUACCUCUCCUUAACCUAAGCCCUCCAAAACGUGAUGAAGAUCUAGAAUCUUCCUUCAGUGCCAUGGAAGUAAAAAACAAGAAGGAGAAAGAACUUCUAAGCAUAUCAUCAUCUCAUGUGACGGUGGCUUUGCACUUAGGGCUUCCACGUUCAGCUGAUUUGGCUUCAAAUAUUGAGAUUUCAGAUCAUCAUAAAGAAGAAGAAGAAAAAGUAGUGACUGUUGCAGCUGCUUCUAGUUCUGAGUAUCCUGCAUCAAGUAGUAGAAUCAACAGGAGUCAGUAUUGGAUCCCUACACCUGCACAGAUUCUGAUUGGUCCAACUCAGUUCUCAUGUCCGCUUUGUUUCAAGACGUUCAACAGAUACAACAACAUGCAGAUGCAUAUGUGGGGACAUGGAUCCCAAUACAGAAAAGGGCCAGAGUCUCUAAGAGGAACACAACCAACAGCAAUGCUAAGACUCCCAUGCUAUUGCUGUGCACCAGGAUGCAAGAACAACAUUGACCAUCCAAGAGCAAAACCACUCAAAGACUUCAGAACCCUCCAAACACAUUACAAGAGAAAGCACGGAAUCAAACCUUUCAUGUGCAGAAAAUGUUGCAAAGCGUUUGCAGUGAGAGGAGAUUGGAGGACUCAUGAGAAGAACUGUGGGAAGCUUUGGUAUUGCUCUUGUGGGUCCGAUUUCAAGCACAAGAGAUCUCUUAAGGAUCAUAUCAAGGCGUUUGGAAAUGGACACAAAGCUUAUAUUAAUGGAAUUGAUGAUAAUUGUCUUCUUGAUCAAGAUGAUAUUGAAGGGGGUUCUGAAGUUGAGCAAGAAAAUGAUGAGUCUUUGCAUAGUCAUGGUUGAUGUGUUUUCAACUAUAAAGACAACAACACAUGCAAUCAUGUUUGUUUUGGAACUAAUUACUAUUUUGUUGACUAAGACUAUGUAUGCGGCAAAAUUUUCUUCUUGUCAUUUUGGAUUUGAUAUCUCUCUCUGGGAAUCACUGCACAUAGAUGUGAACUUUAACAGGAUAUGCAUAUUUCAAGUGUAUCUUUGGGAGGAUUUUCAAAUGGUCAAACACCAAGAGAAUCUUCAUUUAAUAUAUAUCCUGGUUGGUUAAGGGUAAAA